UAUAAAAUCCCAGCUCCGCCCCUGACGGCGAGGGGAGCCGAGCGUAGACGCCGAGGCUUUCCCCAAAUCCAAUCCCGGAUCCGCGCGCCGGAAACGGCGGCCCGCCUCCUUAAACCCACCCAAAUCGGGGAAUCCCCUCCGCGCUCGAUCUCUCCCCGAUGGAUCGACCGAGGAGGCCAGGGAGCGACCGCCGGUACGCGCCGGUUGCUGCCCGGGGCGGGAAGCGGAAGAGGAGCAGCAGCAGCGAUCUGUGGGAAGAUGUAUGUUCAAUUUGCGAUGAUGGUGGUGAUGUACUUUGCUGUGAGGGCAGAUGCUUGAGGUCUUUCCAUGCAACAGAGGGACAAAGUACAAAGCUAAACAGGUGCAAAACUCUUAGGCUAACUGAAGAACAAUGGAAAAUUUUUAAAAACAAUGAUGGAAAGAAUGGUCCAAAAUAUAUAUGUAAGAACUGCAAGUAUAAUCAGCACCAGUGCUUCUCUUGUGGAUUGCUUGGUUCUUCAGACUUGUCAUCAGGGGUUGAGGUAUUCCAAUGUGAGGAUCAAUAUUGUGGACACUUUUACCAUGCAAAGUGUCUAGCUAGACUUCUCUACCCUGACCGCAGUACGCAGCCCUUAAAUUUUGAGCAGGAAAUUGCUCGUGGGCUGAAAUUCCGUUGUCCUGUGCAUAAAUGCCAUGUAUGCAAGGGAGCAGAGAAUAAAGAUGACAAGAAAAUGCAAUUUGCAGUGUGCAGACGCUGUCCAACUGUAUACCACAGGAAAUGCUUGCCAAGUGAUAUCACCUUUAAAGGUGAUAAAGAUAAUGGUACCAUGAAAAGAGCAUGGGAUAACGUACUUCCUGGUCAAAUUCUGAUCUACUGCAUGAAGCAUGAGAUUGCACCCAAAAAGGGCACUCCCAAGAGGAACCACAUUGUCUUUCCUGAUUCCAAAAAUCUUUUGCUACGCGCUCCUUCAAAGGCCAGACGGCAAGAAGAUACACCCACAGUACAAGAUAUACCUAAAGAAGAGAUGCCACCUGAUCAUGACUCUCCCGAACCGUCCCAGCCGCCUCCCCAGCCAGCAACUGAAACUGACAAGGAUCUUCCCAAUGGUUUCAAUUCGUUUGCGCCAAAGGACUUGUUCCCACUUCCAUACCCAGGAUCAUGCGGUUGGCUUGAUGACUGACCGUCCAACCUCACUUUUCUAGGUAAAGCUAACAUAAUAUAUAGUUCGUUUGCUACGCUAGCAGAUUCUUGCGAACACUUUCACUUUCUCCUGAAGUUUAGAACGUGCAACGUAAUUCACUUUGGUGAACUGUCAGUAUGCCACUUGUCUAUCGGUAACAAUGUCGUUACUGUUAUUUUAAUGGAAGAUAACAUUGCCAUUGACCA